AUGAUGCCACAUGGUCAGAAGCAUGAUCAAGGCCUUCAGGCCCAAAGAGAGCCCCAGGACAUGGCAGAUGAGCAGAUACGUGUAGCUAAUGAGGUUGGUACCGAGGCUGCCACCUCUAGAGCUCUGAUUCCAGGUGCUCCAGAGGAAGUACCUACUGCUGAAACACCCAGUCCUCAUGAGAGUGCGCAGAAAGCCUGUUCCUCCUCAACUACUAAAUCCAGUGAAGUUUCCAAGGUUCUCAAAGAGCAAGAUCCACGCACCUCACAGGCCCGCCCACACUCCCACUUCUUGUUCCAUAUUCUUAUGCAAAAGGUAGCUGAGGUGGUGAAGUUUCUGGGUGUCAAAUAUACAACCAAGGAGCCUAUUACUAAGGCAGAAAUUAUGAAGAAAGUCAUCAAAGAGCACAAGUACUACUUCCCCAUGAUCUUCAAGAAUGUGUGUGACUACAUGGAAGUGGUUUUUGGCAUUGAAGUGAAGGAAGUUGAUGCUACCAACCAUGCCUAUGAGCUUGUUAAAAUCAUAGACCUCACCUAUGAUGGGAGGUUCAGUGAUGACCAGGGUAUACCUAAGACUGGUCUCCUGAUGCUCAUCCUGGGUGUGAUCUUCAUGGAGGGCAACAGAGCCCCUGAGGAGAAGAUCUGGGAGGUGCUACGUAAGAUUGAUAUUUAUUCUGACAAGCAUGAUUUCAUGUGUACCAAUCCCAAGAAGUUCAUCUUUGAAGAGCUUGUGCAAGAGCAGUACCUGGAAUGUAACCUAGUGCCAGAGAGUGAUCCUCCAUGUUUUGAAUUAUUGUGGGGUCCAAGGGCCCAUGCUGAAGCUAGUAAGAUGAAAGUCCUGAAAUUUUUCUCCAAGAUUACUGGGAGCAACCCCACUGAAUAUGUAGCAUUGUAUAGGGAAGCUCUGAGAGACGAGGAAGAAAGAGCCCACCAGGCAGCUGCUGCAAUGGCUGAUCCUGCUGCCAAGGGCAGUGAUGGCUCCAGUGCCAAACCUCGUACCAAGUAA